UAUCUGUGUCGCCAAGAAUCGAUCGCCUUCCCUUGCUAGCUAGAGUACUACUAGAUCAGUCUCAGAGGCCGGCCAUGGCUCAGGGCUUCCAGAUGCGUUCAACUGCUGCAGUGGCCGUCGCAAUCCUCCUCCUCCUAGCUUCUGAAGCCGCUUCUGUUCCAUCCUCGCCGCUGCCGCAGCAGGACCAGACGCGCAAGAUGCUCAACAGCCGUGAGUACUACAGGCCGGAGAUUUCGACCCCGGACGGGUGCUCGAUGGAGAACGUGGAGGUGUACCAGAACGACGCGCCGCACCAGGCCAGCGGCAUCCCGGCAUACAGCGUCGAGGUCAUCAACUCCUGCGUGAGUUGCACCGUCUACGACGUCCAUUUGUCCUGCGGCAACUUCGCGUCCACGGACCUCGUCGACCCGGCGGAGUUCCGCCGCAUCGCCUACGACGACUGCCUCGUCAACGACGGCAAGGCCAUGGGGCCUGGGGACUCCGUCUCCUUCCACUACUCCAACUCUUUCCAGUACCCGCUCGAGGUCGCCUCUGUGGCCUGUAAUAACUAAUAACUAAGCUUGCUUGCUUGCAGGCCUUUGCGUAGCUAUAGCAGCUGCGCGCAUGCAUGCAUGCAUGCUCUACCAGUACUGUGGUGUGAUGAUAUGGAUGGAUAUGCAUCUGUUUAAGAUCGUGUGUCCAUCUUCGUGUUAUCAAUAAAAGUAGAGCUUUGUCGGAUGUGCAAUAUGCUUACUUUUGGAACUACUGGUUUUCAGCGGUGU